CAGCGCCGUCUCCCACAGCGAUGGCUGUCCGAGGUCUGCAGCUGGCCGGAUCCCGGUGAAGGGAAGCUCUCGGAGCGGGCUGCGCCGUCGCAGGAUAAGGGGCAGGCUGAGCGGGGAAGGACGCGUCUGGGCCAUGGGCUGCAAGCCCGGCGGUGCCUUCCAGGGAGAGGCCGGUGGAGGCUGUGCGGAGCGGGGAGUGCAGUGAAGGCGGUGGGAUGUGGCAGCCAGCCAGCCGGGCUGGGUCCGGGUCCGGGUCCGGGCCCGGGCCCGGGCUCGGGCUCGGCGGCAGGAGCGAGGAGAUCGGAGAGUUGAUCGAACAUUUCUCCAAACAUCAAUACCGGGCCAAGGAGGCCAAUCCCAAGGUGGAAAAGAUUGAGAAUCGUUGCCUUGAAUUGUUCAGGAGGGACUAUGUUUUCAGUGUGAUUCUGAAUCCAAAUGGAGAGCUUUGCGGACAUUAUCCCCGCCAAAUCAUCAUUAUGGAAUAUGAAAGUACGGAGGGUGACAAGGACAGGUUUGAGAGCACAGUUCAGACAAGCAAACUGCAGGAUUUUGUGAGCCGUAGCAAGAUGGCAAGAUGUCGUAGUCGCUUUGUCUGCCCAGUCAUCUUGUACCAUGGAAAGCAUAUAUGUCGGUCAGCAACCCUGGCUGGAUGGGGGGAGUUGUAUGGGCGCAGUGGAUACAACUACUUAUUCUCAGGAGGAUCUGAUGAUGCAGGAGCAGAGUCUGAUGAAGUGCCUGAUGAUUUUGCAGUACGGAAUGGUGAUUCACAGUUGUUUGAUAAAGUCAGGGGUCAUGAUAUAAAACUGCUGCGCUAUCUUUCUGUUCGUUACAUCUGUGAUCUGAUGGUAGAGAAGAAGAAAGUUAAGUUUGGGCUGAAUGUGACCUCAUCUGAGAAGGUGGACAAAGCUCAAAGAUAUGCAGAUUUCACUUUGUUAUCUAUACCAUACCCAGGUUGUGAAUUUUUUAAGGACUACAAGGAUCGUGAUUACACAGCUGAAGGGCUGGUGUUCAACUGGAACCAGGAUUUUGUCGAUGCACCGUUGAAUAUACCUCCUUCACUGACUGAAAAUCUGAAUAUUGACUGGAGGAAAUAUCAGUCUUGGGAUCUUGUUCAACAAACCCAGAAUUACCUGAAGCUGCUUAUUCAUACAAUAAAUCGAGAUGAAGACAGUGGUUUGUUAGUGCACUGUAUUUCUGGCUGGGAUCGAACUCCACUCUUUAUCUCUCUCCUUCGUUUGUCACUGUGGGCUGAUGGACUUGUUCACACUUGCUUGGAGCCUGUGGAAAUCCUUUAUCUAACCAUUGCUUACGAUUGGUUCCUUUUUGGGCAUAUGUUGUCCGAUAGACUAAGCAAGGGAGAGGAGAUUUUCUUCUUCUGCUUCAAUUUUUUGAAGCACAUCACCUCAGAAGAAUUCUCUGCAAUAAAGAAACCCAGAAGAAAGGCCGCGCAUUGUAAAGAAGCUCAGUUCCCUAUGGAAGAUCUCUGUCUGCUAGCGCAUACAGACCGAGGAAGUACCACCAGCCUGAGCAGCGAUUUCUCAAUCAUCAUGGAGGAGUCUCCCACUACUACAGGGACUUUCAAUUAUGAAGCAUUGGAAAUGACAGCAGGCCCAGCAACACAGGUUGCUUGGAGAAAAGGCCGAACGUCGUCACCACAGACUGUUAUGUGGAAUAAACCUUACCUGCCUAACCAACUAGAGGAUCGGUUCUUACAACAUGGUAUACCUGAAGCUAGGUCAUCGUUCUACCAAUCAGAAAAUAACUUCAGAACAGGAAGUAGCAGCCCCUUGGCUGUUCCUGAAAGAAGCUCCACAGAGUAUUCCCAAUCUUCAUCCUCUUCCACGGAUUAUGGCAGCUGGCAGAUCGUGUCUGGCUGUGGCAGUAUUCAUGACCAGGCUGUAGUUACCAAUGACUCACCCCUCCCCUUCAGUGUACAAGAUGAUGGAGCCAAUGGAAGACUCUAUCAGCACAUCUCAGAACGCAGGGCCAAGUUGGAGGAAGUCAGAGCCAUAUUUUUGUCUGCAUACAGUGCAACUGUGGGCCUCCGAUCUGUAUCGUCCAGUCCGUCGUCAUCCAUUGGUGGACUUCUGGAACAGUUUGCACGUGGAGUUGGGCUGAGAGGCACAAACAGCAUUGUCUGACAUAGCUGACUUUUAUUUUUUUUCUUACAAACAAAGUAUGGAUCACUGGUGCAGAUAGUGACUGUGACAAUGCCAAAGAUGGACUUGUGAAUUUGUUUUUCAACUUGAUAAUAUAUUUCAUUUUUUGACCUUAGAUAGUAUUUAGGUAUUUGUGUUUCUUCUCCAGUUCAUUUCUCCGCCUUCCAGAAAUAGUCUCUGUCCCCCAUCUCACUUCUAUUCCACAAAUAUCCAAAUAUUGGUGAAAGGAAGUAAAAAUAAAACAAAUUCAGCCUUUGGUACAGGACUACUUAUUCAUGAAUUUUUUUUGCCUCCUCUCAUUUAUAUUGGAAAAACUUGUCACAACUAUUACUUUCAAGUUGGAAAUCCCAUAUUAUGAAGCAAUUGGAAGUAGUGGUGAACACAUCCAGUGAAAUUUUUAAAUCUUUUUUAAAAAUUGCCAUCAUUGUUAACAUACUCCAGUCUAUGAUCACCUUCCUUCUCAGGCUGCUUUUCAAGAUGGUUAGGUGUGAUGAAAUUAGGUCUUUUAAUUAAGGAGCUAGUUUGCAAUAGAGUUGUUUCUUAAAAAAAAUUAGCAAAAUUUCAGCAUGGUUGAUUUCUUCCUUACAGGUGUGGGUCUUAUUGUGGUGUACUCUUGUUAAUAUAGUGGGAUAAUGUGUUUGGCAUAGUCGUCAAUCCUAAUUACGCUAACUUAUAGAAUGGUGGGAGCAAGAGAUGGUCUAAUCAAAUCUGAGAGAAUUAAAUUGAGAAGCAACUAGCUCAAGCAACUUGAGUGGCCACAAAGGCAAGUUACCUGGUAAGUACAGGAACUAACCACUGCUGUGUUUUUUUUUCAUACGUUAACUACUGCCGCUAAUAAAACUGUCAGUAGAAAAUGAUUUGGCUUCAGUAAGGUUCUGCUAGCUUCUAACAACUUAUUCAACAAAUGAAUAAUGUUUGUCAAUUUAAGAAAGAAUACAAUAGUAAGAUGGUAUGUUGUCAUUAGCAGAUCUAAUUUAAUUCAGCGUUAGACUUAUUUUCUAAAGAUUUAAGAUUGUUUCUAUUUUUUUAAUACUGCAUUUAACCUGCUUGAGAAACUUGGAUAAUAUUUUUGUAACACUUUUCUUUAAAAAUAUUUAUUUUAAGCAUCUAUGUUUCCUCUUAAAAUGUAAUUGUUCUUCUCUGGGUUCCUGCUAUUCACAUUUUACAACUUUUUUAUUUUGUUGCCAUUGAAGAUUAAGUGAAGAGAGAUCUGUGUUGCAGCACUUGAAUUGCAAAUCUUGGAGUUUAAAUUUCAUGCUUCAGCUCUUUAUAGGAUGGAGACGAUUCAGUGGUUAAAUGACCUUAAUGUUUCGGUCAAGCUGUUGACUCUUAGAUCAGCAUUGAAGACUUUAACAUGGAAGAGCAUAAGAAAGGUCAAGGAUGAGGAAAGAUUAUAGUCCAUCAAAGUUCACUCCUCCAAUGCCACAAUUCUCCCAUUAUGUCCAGUUGCAUUUUGAAUGCCUAAUUUUGUUGCCUAACCUAGGCAGCAAACCUAUCCUAACAUUUUGCACUGAAUAAAGAAUAGCAACCGAGUAAUUGUUCCAAACUUUGGAUUUCACUAAUUUAAAUCCACCUCAUCGACCUCACUCAGAUGUGUUUGCCAUAUCUGUGGUAUUUUAACCUUCUUCACAGAUCCUCUCCUCCUCCUUCCGCCCCUCCACCCACCUCUAUGUUUCUGGAAUCACUUUUAGGAUUAGGUUUUUGUUUAUUCUAUAUUUUAAAAGGUGUGAGGAGGAUGCAGUAGCACUUGUUAAGAAAUAAAACAAUGUUUUGAGUGUAGAUCUCUCAAUCCUGACUGUAAAUGAAAUCGAGUAUACCUAAAAUGUUACUUGCCUUGUAUCACUUCAGCUGCUGGCCAACCUGUUGUACGUUUCCAACACUUUUUUUUAUUUCCCAUUUCCAGAGCUUAAUUUUUUUUAAAAUCCCUGCAGUUCUUUAUAUACUUUACUUCCCAGUCCACUCCUACCCUCUGUGACUGACCAUAAACAAUACGUAGUAUUGCACAUGGUAAUACUUUAUUCUUAAUAACUGUUGAUAAGACAGUUCAAACUGAUCAUGGUAAGUUGUGUUUUUUAAAAAGAAGUUAAACUGACAUUUUUAAUCAUUUGACUGUGAAUUUGAGAUUCAUCUGUUUAAGUAUGUGCAUGGCACAUUUGGAAUGUUUCUUUAAUGAUUAUACAUGAAAUUAUCGUGCCCAACAAAAGUACUCUCCAGAGACUGAUUAAAGGUCCUUACAUCUUGUGUUCAAGUUUUAGAUGGAAAGUUUAACAUGAAUGUAUCAAUCAAUACAAAGUGUAACCCUCUUGGUAGAUUAAUCAGGCAUUUUUCCAAUUAGGUGUAGCCAAUCUAAGCCCCCCCUUUUUUUUUCCCAAUUAUCCCCAACCCACCGUGUUCAAUUCUAAUACUAUUUUCUGCACGAAUAUUUGAUUGUUAACCUGCAUAGCACAUAUCUCGGUGAUUUAAGGCACUAAAUCUUUCUUGAGCAGUAGUUAUUUACUCUUUGUGCUUUCUUAUGAUAAAUGUAAAGAGUAAUCCCAGGAAAGUGCGCUAUGACAUACUCAUUGGUCUGUUUUUAAAAGAUACGUUGCUUUAUUACAAGGAAGUUUACUGUUUUCUAAUCCUUAUUUACAAUGAAAAAUGUCUGAUUUUGGAUUUGUUUGGAUAACUUGGGGACUUCAAUAAAUGCUGGAAAUCCUACAUUAGUUGCAGCAUUCCCCUCUCCCAGCCUCCCAUCCAAGUAUGUAAGAAGCAUCAGUUUUGUUUUAAAAAACUCUCAAUUAGUUAUUUAUCCAAGAUAAAUGUUCUGAAACAGUAUUUAUUCUUAAGGCAGGAUUGCACUUCAUGUCUUAAUGGUGCAGGUGAUCUCUUAAAAGAUUUGUAAUUAUGUUUUGUGGACUGAAUAUGCUUUUGGAUUUGAUGUCAGGAAUUUUGAAGACAAAGGUCUUCUGCCCACUGCCCCCCCCCCCC